AUGGGUUCCCUAAGUCCCUACGCUGCCGUGCAUCUCGACCCCCAAGGAGCCGGGGACGCCCGUCCAACCGCCCUCCAGAUCAUCCAAGAUGAGGGUGUUGAAGGCAAGCUGGUCGGCAAAGUGAUUGUCAUUACCGGUGCCACGUCAGGCAUUGGUGUUGAGACCGCCCGCGCCCUGAAGUCCACGGGAGCCACUUUGUUCCUCACGGCCCGCAACCUGGCGAAGGCGCAAAAGAACCUGGCUGGCAUCCUUGAGCCCGGUCGUGUCUCUCUCGUCGAGAUGGACCUAGAUUCCUUCAAGAGCAUCCGAGCUGGUGCAGAGCAAAUCCUCUCCGCCACCAAGGGUCAGGUUAACAUCCUCAUCAACAGCGCGGGAGUUAUGGGCCUGCAGAACUACACGCUCACCGAGGAUGGGAUCGAGGCGCACUUCUCCGGCAACUACAUAGGGUUCUUCCUGCUCUUCCAACUGCUGAAGCAAGCUCUGCUGGCCAGCGUUACACCCGAUUUCCGUUCCCGCGUGGUCGUGGUGGCCUCCUCCGCACACCGCGCCGCCACUCUCCCCGCCAGUGACAACUACAACUUCGAAAAGGGCGGAUACAACCAUGAGAUAGCCUACAACAACUCCAAGUUGGCGGCUGUGUACUUGGCCAACAAGAUCGAGAGAGACUAUGGUGCUCAGGGACUGCAUGCCACCAGUCUGCAUCCCGGCGCCAUCAACACCGACAUCUCCCGCAACAUGCCCCCCGAGUUCCUGGAGGGACUCAUGACCAACCCGUACAUUCUCAAGAUCCUGAAGUCGGCGGAACAGGGUGCAGCGACAACCGUCUGGGCCGCUGUGGGCAAAGAGUGGGAGAAUAAAGGUGGAAAAUAUUUGGAAGAUGUCAGGGAAGCGGAGCGGGGAGAGGACGAUGGUCAGACCUUUGGAGUGGGAUGGGUGACGCAGACCUACAAUCCUGAGGAGGAGGACCGUCUCUGGAGAGAUUCUCUGAGGAUUGUUGGUCUGGAGGAUGACGCUUGA